UUCCGACCAGAUCAUCUUCCCCUCAUGCUCGUCAAGUUGAAUGUCGGGGUUGCGGCAGCAGUACGAACAAGAGCCAGCGAAGAAAGCGUUGUGUUGGCUUUUGAAAUGCGGAAUAUGCGCGCUCCUUUUGGAGUAGAAAAGGUAGGAGGGAGUAUCCUCGGAGUGACCCUGCCAUAAGAACAAAAGCAAUUUUCCACCCAACGCCUUCUGCUGCCACAAAGCUCACCACUCACACUCGCACAGUAACAUCCAAGACGAUGUCGGUCAAGACUGUAGGUUACAUCGGCCUCGGCAAGGCUGGAGCCUCAAUGGCAUCCAAUCUGCCACGAGCGGACUUCCAUUUGGUAGUGCGAGAUGCCGACCACGCCCGUGAAGAGGAAUUUGCGCAGAAGUAUCAGAAUGUGACCAUCGCGGGAGCGAGUGUUGAUGCUUUCAAGGACUGCGACGUGAUUAUCACGAUGCUUCCUCAAGGAAAAGUGGUCAGAGAAGUCAUUCUAGGCGAGAAUGGUAUUGCCAAGGGUUUGAAGAAAGGCGCCAUCAUUGUGGACACCUCAUCGUCUUCACCGUACGACACCCAGAGUCUAGGCAAAGAUCUUGCUGAGCUCGGCUUCGCACUCGUGGAUGCUCCUGUCACUCAGGCGCGCCUUCAUGACACCGAUACUGGUGAAGCCACGCUCAUGGUCGGUUCUGAUUCUCAAGAAGCUGUCGACAAGGUUCUGCCCGUGCUACAGGCCAUGGCCAAAUAUGUCUUUCACAUGGGCAAACUCGGAGCUGGCCAUGUCAUGAAGACGCUAAACAAUUACACCAGUGCCGCGUCCAUUGUCGCAUUGUCCGAUGCUCUUGUCACAGGACAGAAGUUCGGAUUGGAUCCGGUCCAGAUGAUCGAUGUUCUCAAUGUCGGCACCGGUCGCAACUUUUCGACCAGCGAUAGUUAUAAGACCGACGCACUACCCAGGAGAUAUGCUACCGGGUAUCAACUUGCGCUCCUGGUCAAAGACAUGGGCAUCGCGAAGGAGGUUUUCGAAAAGACGAAAUUCGAGACCGAUCUGCCGGAUCUGAUCUUGAAGUACUUUAAGCAAGCUCAGGAGGGUAUCGAAGCGACGGCAGAUCAUACCGAACUCCUGAAGAGUUGGGAGAAACGAGCUGGUCUCCAAUUGAGGACUGGGACUCCGGACGGCUCAUCCGUUACAGCAUCAAAGCAGUGAUAGCCACGACGCCGGGAUAGUACUGGCAGAAGCAAGGUUCAGCUUGCAAUGAACUUGACAGGACGAAUAUCACAAUCCCAUCAAUUUCGAGUUGGUUGCUUGCACGUUGUUCUUUCAUUUGACGGCGUCGAUGACCCUCUUGCUCGACAACACGACCGUUCCAUGUAACGUCGUCAAACCUUGAAGGCCAGGAAAGCUGUAAGGUCAGCCUG